ACUGUCAAUUGCAGUCAAUUGAAACGUCAAACGGACGAACAAAAGAAAAAAUACAGUUUCUCUAAAGAGUUCUAAAGAAAAGUCUUGAAAAUUGCGUGAAAAUGGUCUCAAAUGGGGCUCAAUUUGAUCCAGUGCGGGAUAAGUCCCUUCAGGACUAUCGGAAGAAGUUGCUGGAGCAUAAGGAAGUGGAGUCAAAGUUGAAAGAAAUGAGGGAACAACUGAAGGAGCGCACGAAGCAAUUUGAUAAGUCGGAGAAUGAUCUGAAAGCCCUGCAGAGUGUUGGACAGAUUGUUGGGGAAGUUCUCAAGCAGCUGACUGAGGAUAAAUUUAUCGUAAAGGCAACAAAUGGACCACGAUAUGUUGUGGGCUGCAGACGGCAGCUGGAUAAGACAAAGCUAAAGUCCGGAACACGCGUAGCACUGGACAUGACCACACUCACAAUCAUGCGAUACCUUCCGCGUGAGGUGGAUCCCCUGGUGUACAAUAUGUCGCAUGAAGAUCCCGGCGAUGUGACUUAUUCGGCAAUUGGUGGGCUGUCUGAGCAAAUCCGGGAGUUGAGGGAAGUUAUUGAGCUGCCACUUCUCAAUCCAGAGCUAUUUCUGCGUGUGGGUAUCACCCCACCGAAGGGAUGCCUCCUCUAUGGGCCCCCAGGAACAGGGAAGACCCUCCUGGCACGAGCUGUGGCCUCUCAGUUGGAUGCCAACUUCCUCAAAGUCGUGUCCAGCGCCAUCGUGGACAAGUACAUUGGUGAGAGUGCUCGCUUGAUCCGAGAGAUGUUCAACUAUGCCCGAGACCAUCAGCCGUGCAUCAUCUUCAUGGAUGAAAUUGAUGCCAUCGGAGGCAGGAGAUUCUCCGAAGGAACAUCAGCUGAUCGUGAGAUUCAGCGUACGCUCAUGGAACUUCUCAAUCAGAUGGAUGGUUUCGAUUCUCUCGGUCAGGUGAAGAUGAUCAUGGCCACCAAUCGCCCCGAUACCCUGGAUCCGGCUCUGUUGCGUCCCGGACGUUUGGAUAGGAAAAUCGAGAUUCCACUGCCCAAUGAACAGGCACGCCUGGAGAUCCUCAAGAUCCACGCACAGCCUAUUGCGAAGCACGGUGAGAUUGACUACGAGGCUGUCGUGAAGCUCUCGGACAACUUCAACGGUGCUGAUUUGCGCAACGUCUGCACUGAGGCUGGCCUCUUUGCCAUUCGUGCCGAGAGGGAAUACGUCAUCCAGGAGGACUUCAUGAAGGCCGUGCGGAAGGUGGCGGACAACAAGAAGCUCGAAAGCAAGCUCGACUAUAAGCCCGUUUAAAUGCCCGGAUGCUUCCGGAAUAAGAUUAAUCGAUUAAUAAACAUUUUUAUGCUGAAAA